AUCAGUUGCAAAUUUUAAACAUACACGCUUCCGCAGAAGAUUUCGCCCCCAAAUACCAUUUCCCCUAUAAAAGCGAAGAUUUUUUCUGAGCUUAUAUCAUUUUCUACGGUGACUGAGAUUUUGCUUAAACCCUAGCCGCUUCACUCUUUUCUCUCUCGAACUUGGAAGGCUUAAGCUAAGUCUUCAAUCAAAAUGGCUUUCUGUAACAAGAUUGGAAACCUCUUGAGGCAAGGUGCUACCCAGAGCACUCAAGCUCCUGUUUCAUCCAUGCUUAACUACUUGCGCCACAUGUCUUCAAGCAAGCUCUUCAUCGGAGGCCUUUCUUACAAUGUUGAUGAUCAGUCUCUUAGGGAUGCAUUUACAACCUACGGAGAUGUGGUUGAGGCUAGAGUUAUCACUGAUAGAGAGACUGGAAGAUCAAGGGGAUUUGGAUUUGUCAACUUCACCAGUGAAGAGUCCGCAACUUCAGCACUCUCUAUGGAUGGACAGGAUUUAAAUGGGAGAAACAUCCGUGUGUCCUAUGCAAAUGAUAGACAGGCUGGCGGACCUCGUCCCGGAGGUGGCUACGGCGGCGGUGGUGGAUACAGCGGCGGCGGUGGUGGAUACAGCGGAGGCGGUGGCGGUGGUUGGUGAUGCAAACUUUUAAUUUGAUGCACUUUUUUUUUCCUGUGUUGAGUUCUUGUGUCUAAAAAUUUUAUGAAGUUGUUAAGGCCCAAGUGGUCGGUCACUAAUUAGUGAAAUGUCAUGGUUUUUUGACGUCGUUGGCACAUUUUGGUUAGUCAGUGUUUUUGUAGGUCGUGUGUCUUUCUAACUCUGAAAAUAAGAUAGUAGAAUGUUAUGUGGUUUCUAUAACUCUUAAUUGUUAUUCUGUUUAUGAGAAUAGUUGUGGCACGAAAACUGCAGUAUUUAGGUAUAUUUUUGGCUGA